UUCAUCAACACAACCCAACACAACACAAACUUAAUUUGAAGCUAGCUAUUAUUCUUCACCAUGAGAAAGGAAUUAGCAAACAAGCAAAUCAAGUUUAAGCACUACAUUUUUACUCCUAUCAGAAUUCUCAAGAGAGCGAAGGAACUUCUAUACUUGAAGGGAGUGAGGAAUCGUAGUGCUUCAAGACCUGGUAAUUAUGGUCAUGCAGCUUCUUCUAUUCAGAUUUCUUCACACCACCUUCAGGCUAAGAGCACCAAUAUCCUCAACAAUACUAUGCCAAGGGCAACUGGUGACAAGAGACUCAACGAGCUUUCGAGAACGGUGCCGAUCAAAAAUGCGGAGAAUCAAACAAAGCUUUUCACACAUCUAGGGAUGGAAACCAGGGGUGCUAAUUAUAAUAUUCAAAGGCAAAGGCAACGGAGUACUAUGGGGUAUAAAUAUAAUAGAAUGAAAAUGAGUUACCGCACUGAAGUGAGGAAGAUGGAGACAGUUGAUGAAGAUAAACCUUGUUAUUUUGAGGAAGAUCGAAGUGAUAAUUCUAACUCUAAUCUUUUGUAUCUGUAUCCAAGAACAAGGAACUAUGGUGGUAUUAACAGGCGCGUUAUGUUUCAUCAGUGAAGGGUGGGUGACAGGUUAAUUGUUUUGUUAUCACGCUGAAGGUUAAUUUUCAGUUGCCAAUUUUGUUCAUCUUUCGUUAAAUCUGUUAAAUACUUAUAUGUAUUGUUAUCAGUGAAAAUGUAACGGUCGAUCUUUAUACUAACUUGAGUUUAAUGGGAAUUUUUUUCG